ACCCCUCGGAGGAAGAUGAGUAAACCCGCAGCCAGGAUUGCUAAAUCAUGGCAACAUUCAUGGAACGACUGGCUUUUCUUCAGAAAGUCCCAACUCUGAUGAAGGCUACAGCAGAUGAUGAAACCCCCUGUCCUGGCUACCUUUUCCAAGAUAUUGGAAAAAUCUCCCAUGAGUCUUCAGGUUGCGGUCAGUGUUUGCUGGAGUACCUUCUGGAGAGGUUGCAGGUGGAGUCCUGUCAUGUCAAACUUAAGGUGCUGAAGAUCUUUGUCCAUCUUUGUGGUCAUGGCUCAAACCAUUUCCUCACAGAACUUCGAAGGAACUCCACGUUCAUCCAGCAGGCAGCAGUUUACAGCGGCCCUCCUGAUCCCAUCCAUGGCAUAGCAUUGUACCAGAAAGUGAGAAAUACAGCACAGGAAGUGGCCAGGUUGCUUUUCACAGAUAUCAUUUCCACCAAAGACGGCGUCUCCCCGCUCAACUUAUCCCCCCCAACAAUGGGUAUGGGCUCAGCAGCUUCCCACCGGUCAGGAAUGCAGGGCUUUGGAUGCAGUCCAGGGAAGCAGGGGACAGCAGGCAGUGACUCCCUACUGGAUAAGAUCCAGAAAGCUGCAGAGGUAGUGGCCAGUGCUGUCCUUCCCCCCACCGAACACCAGGGCAUCCGUCUCCAUGAGAACCAUUACCGGGCCGUAGCUGCGCCGGCCGCACCCAUAGAGGUGGCUGUGCCUGCGUGUGCCUACAACCUGCCUGCUCGCCCACCAAAAGCAUUGGCCCAGCGAUGUCCAGGGCAGGUGGGAGGCGGCUGGGAAGAGACAGACAGCGGCAACAGCUCUUCUCAUAACUCUUCUCAGGAUAUGGCAGCUAACAGCAGGGCCUCUGUGGGCAGCAAGUCAGCCGGUACCGGGAGCCAAUCGGGGGCCAGUAGAGAGAGCAGUGGGGACCCAUCAGAAAGGGUGGAAGCCUUGCAGUUGGGGGACUGUGGCCAGGAGGUGGCGCUGAUCAGCAGACUGACCGAAGGAUCCAGAGUUUUCCUGUCCAGAGAGGAGAGCCAGCACUUCAUUAAAGAGUGCUCCAUUCUCAACUGCGAGGUGGUGGUGGAGUUGCUCUCAAUCAGGCUUCAAGAUCCCUCAAACACUGUUAAGAUGCGGGCACUGUGUGCUGUAUCAUGCCUCCUGACCUCUGACCUCCUUUCUCUGGAACAAAUGUUUGGAGCAACACAACGAAGGCUCUGCCAGCUGAGUGAGGGGGCUCCAGGACCUGUGGCCAACAAAGCCACCAAGAUCCUGCGACAGUUUGAGGCUCUGAUGGGUGGAUCCGUACACACUCCUCGGCAGGAUACAGCGACCAGCGGCCAUCAGGCAACUACCAAUCAGCUUACCACAUCUACACACUCUUUGCCUCUACUACCAAACCACUCUGCUGGCAAUCCCAACCUCAACCAUUAUCAGCCUGACAUCUCACCCACAGGUGUCACCCAACCACCAUAUCCCCCUUCUUCCCCCUCUAGUCUGCCCUCGGCCCAGAGAGACCUCCCAGGGGAGCUGAUGAAUGACUGCGAUGAGGAGGAACUCACUCCCAUUCUGCAUGACUUGGUGCAGAACCAGUCGGAGCCAGUCAGGACUGCUGAGGUUACAUCGGUUGCUGAGGAAUCAGAGCUGAACACAAGCUCUUCCCAUCCAGCUGAGCCCCAGAGAGAGCAGGCCUGUCUGGGCAGACUGUCCCUGUUCAGUGGCAUGGAGCUGGUGACUAAGGGGAGGCCCCCGUGUGCACGAGAGACGUCCCAGACAGAGACGAUGGCCGACGGCUUAAUGGAGAGUCUAGCUGUGCAGAACAGUCUCGGCAUCAGUAAAACCAGUGAUGACGCUCCUUUAAUUUGCAAUUCAGUUGCAUCUGAUAGCAGCCAACCAGUAUCGGCCUUCUCGUUCCUCAACUUUUGACCACUGACGUUGUACAGCUGGUAAAACCAAUGAUGUCGUCAUGUAUAAACUUUUAGAAAUCUAUUUAAUUUUAUAAAUUAAGAUCAGAUCUGUAUGCUUAGAACUAUAUAUAGACUGCACAUUCAUUGGAUUUUUCGGUUCCUAUCUGUACGGUGCCUACUGGGAAAUUGCAUUUAAGCAGCAGACUGGGCUGAGCGACAGAGAUUUAGGACACACGACUGUUGUCCUUUUUAAAAGUGAAUUCAAUCCACAGUUGGCAUGAGAAACCCCAACGCCGUCUUAUGUGAGGACUGGUCUGUAAGUGUCAUUUCUGAAAAGUGUUAAACAAGAAUGCUUGCCUUGAAUCGCAGGUUAUUAUUGACGGUUGCUUUAUCUCAGGAUUCCUUUUAGCUAACUGAAACAACUCUUCUCGCCUCUGCAGCACGUCCUAAACCUCUGAGGGAGAAUCCCUCCAUUUGUAAUUUGCACUACAGUUGCGUCUCUAAUCGUCUCAUAAAACCUACAAAUGAGAGUUGUCUUCCAUAUUUUUUUUUGGUACUUAACAGUUAUGUCAGUGUAAAUGUAACGAGUGUUGGUUUACAAAGGAUUUAUCGUCUCAUGUAUUGAUUUAAACAAACCCAUGAGUGGUUGUAGAGUGCAUAAAUCAAGACUAGUGGAUAACUAAAGGAAGAAUAUUUAGUGUGCAUAACUUGUGUGGCAUUGUGUGACAGAACAUCAGCAUAAUGCAAAAUAGCAAUUUCACGUGCGGUCGUUUGUGUAACCAAAUACAAGGCAGAUUACCUUCACUGUCUCAGCGUUGCUGUUUCAGUUCCAUUCUCCACUGCGGCGUCGAGGACUGUGGAAUGUAGCACACACUACAUGCCAAAAUGGUAAUCCAACCUACCGAUAUGUACAAUGAACGCUACCGAUGUAUUCUGUUUCAGUGAACACAAUCUAAGCUGCUGCAAAAGCCGAGGAAACAAUAAAACCUGCUGUAUUUUUUUUUUUUUUGUUACAGCACCAACUACUACACAGACGAGUCUCGUUAUUCUGUAUUUAAAUGGUGUCGGUGACAUGUUGCAGACAACGCUUUAUGUCAACGCCAAAUGAUUUGGAAAAAUGACAAUAUGAAUCACUUUCACAGCUCUCAUUUUAUUUGCAACACAGUGUACUGGUCAUAUUGAACCAUACAGAACCGAGUAUGGCUGACAGGCGUAUGACGCGCGCGCGCGCACACACACACACAAUGCGUAAAAUGUUAAACACAUGGUUACAAACUGAUUCAGAGAGCUGUUUCUUGAGGCUGUUUUUGUGAGACGCACUGUGCUGAGCAUUACACCGCCUGAGCCGCAGACUCUGGUAGCCGCUCUCACAGCGCUAUAAUUAGCCAGGAUCUAAUCUGAGGUUGGAUUUUGAUGGUGAGGCUCAUGAAGAAUCUCUGUUCCAUUACCUUGAACCCCUUGAACUGCCACCCCAAAAACCUUAAAGAGUCAUAGUGGAAGUAACUGCAAAUACACUCUAAUUUAACUUUCACCUUGGGUUAGAGAACACAAAGAAGGCCAGAAAUGAUAUUUUACUGGAUUGUUUUAUUAAUGCUCCUCGAGAAGGAAUCCUAUGGCCUCCAUGAACUUCCUUUGCGAGUGGGGAUCGCAACAUCUCCCACUUCACUGACACAAACACGCGGCUGACCGUCCCCAGUGGAGAGUAAACAGAACGAGCAGUUAUUGAGUAAAGUGCUUUGCUUUAUUUAGUUUCACAAGCACUUUGGAUCAUCGCACGUUUCUUGAGAUUAGCACCAAUGACAACGUCCACGCAUCAACGCACGCAUGUAAAGAGAAUGAUUCCUCUCUGUAAAGUGCACAGGGUGCGUGCACACACACACACACACACACAUCAAUACUGCACAGAAAACCACAGUGGCUGGGCCAUGGAACAGCAGAUGUGCUUAUGGUCUUGACAAAUGGUACAUGGUGAGGUGGGGGAUGAGCCCAUUGUGCCCAAAAAUCUGUAAACCUCCCCACACAUCAUCCCCUUCCCCCCCCCCCCAUCCCUUGACCCAAAUGUGCUCCUUGAGGCUUUCAAGGAGGAGCCACCGUGACAGCAGUGUCAGCACUGAUGGGCGGAGGGACGACCGGUCAGGAGAGGGAUCCGAGAGGUCACGGUCAUGUUGAA